AUGGACGCGCGAUUCAAGAGCAAUCUUGCCAUGAUUGGCCGUAACGAGCCCAUUACGAGAAAAGCCAAAUUUUGGCAGAGUUAUGUACGUGCUCUCAAAGGAACCGACGACAUGAGAGCACCCGAACAUACUCGUAAACCCAGAGGCUUAUUCAGCGACUACCCUGAACUUCAUUCGUCAUCAUGGCCUUACGGAAAAUCUAUUUUUGAUAACCCAUCGCACGCAUCCGAUCGCAUCAAUGUACCUGGAUACAGGUACUUACCCGUUCACCGGGAAAUCUACGGCUACUCACCGAGACAAUUGUAUCCUCACCAGUACAAACCCGUCGAGCGCUUCGUCUCCGCUGCGUCAUUUGACGCGGACCGAGCAUGGAGUGACCACUUGGACCGAUUGGCAGACAUCGAUAGAUUGUACCCAAGCUCAUCGCCCUUAUUAUCUCGUCACAAAUCACCCUCGCUGUCGACGAAACCGCUAUUUGACAUUCACGGAAAGCUGUUGGAUGACCCGUUAACGGACUUUCCUUCGAUGCUGGGAAGAAAGGCUUUCCACGACAUGCUAGAGCCCCAGCCGUCUAAACCUAUCUCCGCCUUUACGAGAGAUCCAUGGUGGUACCCAUGCAGCGCACCGUACAUCCCAGCUCACGCUCAAUGGAUAUCCUCACCCUUCUUCUUAAGGGACAGCUAUCUCAGUCCUGUUAAGCGUAAUUACCUUUGGAGAAGUCAUCCUCUCAGGCCUUUUGACAAGAUUAACGUUCUAUUUGCGUCUAUUUUGUAA